GGCUACCAUGGGCACUGUGGGAAGCCAGCGCCUCAAGGAGCCCCACAUGGCGGAGACACCCGACAGGAGCGUGGUGAUGAGCUUCAGCUUUGACAGUGGUCAGCUGGAGGAGGUGGCAGCAGGGGCCGCUCAGGGCCAGGGCUGUAGGGUCAGGGGCAUCCCAGUUUUCACAGACGCUGCGGCCGAGGAGCCGGUGCCCGACGACCGCUACCACGCCAUCUACUUCGCGAUGCUGCUGGCGGGCGUGGGGUUCCUGCUGCCCUACAACAGCUUCAUCACCGAUGUGGACUACCUGCACCACAAGUACCCAGGGACCUCGAUCGUGUUCGACAUGAGCCUCACCUACAUCUUGGUGGCGCUGGCGGCUGUGCUCCUGAACAACGCGCUGGUGGAGAGACUGAGCCUGCACACCAGGAUCACGGCGGGCUACCUCUUAGCCUUGGGGCCCCUCCUCUUCAUCAGCGUCUGCGAUGUGUGGCUGCAGCUCUUCUCUCGAGACCAGGCUUACGCCAUCAACCUGGCUGCCGUGGGCACCGUGGCCUUCGGCUGCACAGUGCAGCAAUCCAGCUUCUAUGGGUACACGGGGAUGCUGCCCAAGAGGUACACUCAGGGGGUGAUGACUGGAGAGAGCACUGCCGGCGUGAUGAUCUCGCUGAGCCGCAUCCUCACCAAGCUGCUGCUGCCCGACGAGCGCGCCAGCACGCUCAUCUUCUUCCUGGUGUCCGUGGGCCUGGAGCUGCUGUGCUUCCUGCUGCACCUGGUGGUGCGGCGCAGCCGCUUCGUUCGUUACCACACGGCGAGGCCCCGAGACCGCCAGGGCCGCCGGGCCGGCUACCGAGUGCACCACGACGUCGCUGCCGGGGACGUCCACUUUGAGCACCACGGCUCCAGCCUGGCCAACGGCGGGUCCCCGAAGGACAGCCCAGCGCACGAGGUGGCCAGUGGCGGCGGCCGGGCCUACACGCGUUUCGACGUGCCGACGCCGAGAGUCAAACGGAGCUGGCCCUCCUUUCGAGCCCUGCUGCUGCACCGCUACGUGGUGGCGCGCGUCAUCUGGGCCGACAUGCUGUCCAUCGCGGUGACCUACUUCAUCACGCUGUGCCUGUUCCCGGGUCUGGAGUCCGAGAUCCGCCACUGCGUGCUUGGCGAGUGGCUGCCCAUCCUCAUCAUGGCCGUGUUCAACCUCUCGGACUUCGUGGGCAAGAUCCUGGCGGCCCUGCCCGUGGACUGGCGGGGCACCCACCUGCUGGCCUGCUCCUGCCUGCGCGUGGUCUUCAUCCCCCUCUUCAUCCUCUGCGUCUACCCGAGCGGCACGCCUGCCCUCCGCCACCCGGCCUGGCCCUGUGUCUUCUCCCUGCUCAUGGGCAUCAGCAAUGGCUACUUCGGCAGUGUGCCCAUGAUCCUGGCGGCGGGCAAAGUGAGCCCCAAGCAGCGGGAGCUGGCAGGGAACACCAUGACCGUGUCCUACAUGACGGGGCUGACGCUGGGCUCUGCUGUGGCUUACUUCACCUACAGCCUCACCCGGGAGGCCCACCACAGCUGCUUCCACACCUCCGCCAAUGCUUCCUUCCCCGGCGGGCUCUGAGCCAGGUGUGGCCCGGCCCUGCCCAGGAGGGGCCCGGUGGCCGGAGGCCCCUUCCCACCCCUGACUGCAGUGCCUGUAGGGGCCCGGCCUCCUCCCAGUGGCCCGGCUCUGGGCCCAGCCGCCCGUCACUCGAGUCCCAGGGUCCCGCGAAGUUCCCGGAGGCCUGGAUGGACCUGUCGCCACGGCCAGGGUCCCGCCAGCACUGUGCUCUGCAUCUCGUCCCCCCCACCCCCACCCUCCAUCUGUGUCUGGGGGCCCAGCUCUAGCCAGGCCAGAGCUCUGUGGGGGCCGCUCACAGCCCUUCCCACCUAGCAGAGCACUCCUGGUAGCCCC